GUGAAGCUGCGAGUCACCGAGGGCUGGGAUGAAGAAGGCUAUCACGCACCGAAUUCGCUUCAUUACGAAGGAAGAGCUGUGGAUAUCGCAACUUCCGAUCGUGACAGGUAA